CCUUAUCGUACUUUUUCCCUAUACAAGCGUGUAAGUUCAUACUAAAAGCAAUCCAUUUCCUGCGAAAACCGAAACCCUAACAGAUUUGGGCCAAUUGGAAGAAUACUGAAUCCUCAAAAGUCAAACCAUGCGAAGCGUAGAGGUGGCCAAGACGGUGCUCGAGGUCGCCGACGUCGCUUGGACCGCCGUCGAGCACACCCACAAUUACCGCCGCCACCACAAUUAUCCCGUCGUCGCCGACUAUAACUGCCCCUCCGACCAAGACUUGGAGUCUUUGCGAUCAGAAAAUCGACGCCUCAGGAACUUGCUCAGCCAGAAUCUGAAACUACUCCAAAACCUCUCUGAUUCGCCUUGCUUCGAUAAUUGCCCUCCCGAUUUGAAUGACCGGUUAAUUGCUACCAUGAGGUCUGAUGAGUACCUGACUCGGCUGAAGUUCCUACAAGAAGAAACUGCUAGCGGAGGAAAUCAAUUUCCCUUCAAAGAGGCUAAUGAGGUUGAUUAUCGGUCAGCUGACAUUUUGGUCAAUGUUGAUUCUCAAGAACCCAGUUGGUGGGUUUGGGUUAAGGAUGAGACAGAUCCUAGUAAUAUGGAGGAAUGGAGUGGAAUUGAUGAUGAGAGUUACUUGGUCAUCAGUGAGGAACAUGUGGUUGAUGGUGUUGCCAACUUUAUGGCCAGAUGCAUUUUGUCAAACCCAAAAGCUCGGAAUUUGUCGCCAGAGGAACUGCAGAAAACACUAUCAAAAGCAUUGCAAGGUACAAGCAAACUGGAAAAGAUUUUAGAUAUUUGGCAAGCUGGAAAGUUGUUUUAUACUCUGUCUACCUGGGGACUUGCUUUGGCAGGGCUUUAUCAAAGUCGUGCAUUGCUGAGAGUUGCUGCAAAGGGUGUUCAUACAGGCAGUAAACUUGCCCUGAAGGCUCUCUAAAGAUGACUGUUCCAUGACCAUGGCAAAUAUAUGGAGCUUAAUGAGCCUUGUCUGUGUAUAAAUUUAUUUGUUAAUUACUUCCUACAAAAUCUAGCUGAUGCAAACAACUUGUAAAUAAAAUUAUUCGUUGUCUUGUCUAGCUGUGAAUUCCAUGCUGGCUUCUAUUCUUCUAACAAUGCUACUAUUGCAACAGUGUGAAAUUGCAUUGAACAUUUUAUUGUUGAAUGGCUUAAUGCUUGUGUUCACAUUUUAUCCCCUUAAAGACUUCCAUGGUGUUGAUGUUAAUUCA